UGAAGUGGUCCUGUUAUAGCUUGGACGCUCCUUGCUAUCUUUGGCAUGUAUUAUUGGUUCGAUUCAAUACCAAAUAAGUCAUCUCGCACAGCAGGACAUCGAAUCUAUACACACUAUCAAUAAUAAAAGCCAACAGUACCAGGUAUCCAGUCAUCCAGAGGACAUCGAGCUGUAGCUAGUAGUGAGAUACAGCAAGAGAUGGGAAGAAAGCCGAGGUGCUCAGCGGAUGGUAUGAACAAAGGAGCAUGGACACCUCUGGAAGAUGAAAUGCUUGUGGAUUAUGUCAAGAUCCAUGGCGAAGGUAAAUGGAGCAAUAUUGUCAAAGAAACAGGACUUAAGAGAUGUGGGAAGAGUUGCAGGCUUCGCUGGAUGAAUUAUCUGAGACCUGAUAUUAAGAGAGGCAACAUCUCAGAUGAUGAAGAAGACCUCAUUAUCAGGCUGCAUAAGCUCUUAGGCAACAGAUGGUCUCUGAUAGCAGGACGGCUUCCGGGACGAACAGAUAACGAAAUAAAGAAUUAUUGGCACACCAAUAUCGCUAAGAAGGCACAACAUUCGCAACCUCGGAAGCAGCCUAGAGUUGAUAGGAAACAAAUAGCAUCAGGAUCUGAAAAUGGGGCAGCAGUAUCAAAUGUCAAGAAUCAGACCACUGAAUCACAGUACUGCACUACUGGGGUGGUUGUUCCCGCUACUGCAUUACAAGAAAACAAUAUGGCUCAAGAUCAUCUAGUUAGCACUCUUGCAAUGGCACCAUUCAACACACAUCAUGAAAAUGAAUCAUCAAGCAAGGGGUUAGCAUCUGGGGAUAAUGACAAUUUGUCCAACAUUUUGAUGGAUUUUCAUUAUAUGGAAGACUUCUUCAAGAUUCUUGAUUCAGACUUCCCAAAGUCAAGUGACCUCAAUGAUAUAACUAGUACUGCUAAUCAUUCCACUAAUACCAUACAGGUAGAUGGUGAUCAUUAUAGUGUGUCUAUUAAUGGAUGCAAUCCAAGAGAAAUAGCAGAGUUUUCUGAAUUGUUGGAGGCAGAUUGGACUAGCAAUAAAUGCGUUCAAGCUGAACAAGGUUUUGAUUUCAUGUCAUUGCUUUCAUUUCUUGAUUCAACCGAUGAGAAAUGGACAGAAGAUGCCUUAGCCAAUAAUCUACGUUAAGUUGCUUUCAUGUCCACGCCCUCCAGGCUAAUAGUUCUCGAGUUUGAACCCUGAAAGAAAAAAGAAAAGAAAAAAGCCGAUUGGACAAGUUUCUAUGAGUGCAAGCUGUUCUCCCAUAAUAAAUGUUGAACUGUUUUGUUAGUUUUUGCGAUGUAUCACAGUACUGUCCUUUUUUUUU